UAGCACCCGAAGCCGAAUUGACCGUCUUGAACCUGGUCGACGGUUGCAGCAGUCAGUUCGGGACCAAAAUAUUGGCAAGACUUGAGAACAUCCCGACCUCAACAAGUCGCCAACCUGUGAUUGGGAACCCCGCCAACCCAGGCGAGAAGCUGCAAUGGCCUCCUCUCCAAGUGCCCCCGGCAAUCCGGUCGAGGCUGCCACCGCGAAGAUCGACAAGGCCGCUGCCAUCGUCCACCAAAAGGCCGCUGCCGUCGUUACCGAGCCCAAGGAGCCUCAACCCUACCAGGUGCCGAACCCCAUCAUCGAGGACCACCUGCUUACCCCCGCUACCGUCAACUCCAUCGAGAUCCAUGGCGCCAACAACACCCGCCGCGGCCUUCUCGACCACGUCUUCAAGCCCGUUGUCGAGGAAACCGCUAGCCCCACGACUACCCUAGGCGAGGCCCUCGCUCGCAUCAGCACGGCCACCCAGAAGCUUACCCGUUUCGGCAUCUUCAAGGAGGAUGGCUUUGGUGUCUUCAUCUCGGAUGCCCGCCAGCAGCAACAAGAGCAGUUCCAGUCCCCCACCGACCGCACCGAGCUCGACGUCUCCAUCCGCGUCAAGGAACAAUCCCGCCUCGUCUUCAAGGCCGGUACUGAUUUUGGCAACGCUGAGGGCUCCGCUUACACCAAUGCCGUUCUGCGCAACAUCUUUGGCGGUGCCGAGACCCUUUCCGUCAACGCUGCUGCCGGCACCCGUACUCGGUCCGCUUACAACGCCGUCUUCUCCACCCCAGUGAACGGCAACCCCGAUAUCCGUCUUGCGCUGGAGGCUCUGCGCUCAUCUACUCACAAGCCCUGGGCCUCGCACGACGAGCACCUUACCGGUGGCAACCUCCGCCUCGCUUGGUCGACCGACAAUGGCGAUGACCACGCGCUUACUUACUCCGGUGUUUGGCGCCAGCUGACUGGCCUCUCCGCCUCCGCCUCGCCCACCGUCCGCGCCGAUGCCGGUGAUUCCCUCAAGAGCUCCAUCACCCACACCUUUACCCGUGACCGCCGUGAUAAUCCCAUGCUCCCCCAGGCUGGCUACCUUGUGCGCACCGCCGCUGAGCUUGCUGGUUGGGGUCCUCUGAAGGGCGACGUUUCCUUUGCCAAGUCCGAAGUCGAACUCUCUGCCGCCCAGGCCCUCCCACUUCCCGGUGUCUCCGUCGGCGCCGGCUUCCGCGCUGGUCUGCUCUACCCUCUGCCCAUGGGCUACUCCCUCUCCAGCACCUCCGUUGCCCCUAGCCGCAUCAACGAUCGCUUCCAGCUCGGCGGCCCCACCGAUGUCCGCGGUUUCAGCAUGGGCGGCCUCGGCCCUCACGACGGCGCCGACUCCGUGGGCGGUGACGUCUUCGCUGCUGGAUCCGUCAACAUGCUUCUGCCGCUUCCCAGGGCUGGUCCUACCUCCCCCUUAAGGUUCCAGCUCUUCGCCAACGGCGGCCGUUUGGUUGCGCUGCAGGGAAAGAAGACAGCUGAGGGUUCGGUGUCGCUGGAUUCCGGCGCUGUUGCGAGUGGCAUGAAGAGCGCGGUGGCGGAGUUGGCGAACGGCUUGCCCAGCAUCGCGGCUGGCUUUGGUCUGGUGUAUGCGCACCCCGUGGCGAGGUUUGAGUUGAACUUCAGCUUGCCGUUGGUGGUAAGGAGAGGCGAGGAAGCGAGAAAGGGACUGCAGGUCGGUGUCGGUAUUAAUUUCUUGUAAAAGGUUUCGAUGCAUGUGUAGGAAGUAAAGGAUAAUGGAAGGAUCAAGCAUCAAGAGGUUUGACGCGUUGUCUGCCUGUGUAGUAUCUAUGUAUAAAUGACAAGCCUUGCUGUAAGAAUAAAAACGCGAGAGGACGCCGAACUCUUCCCAUAUUGCCCC